AUGGCCUCUCGCACACUUUUAUCAAAAACUUGCCUCAAAUCUUCUCUCAUACAAGCAGCGAACAAGAAGAACAUUUUGAAUAAUCGUACCACUAUUUUUCCUGGGUCUCAGGCAUCUCGCCAAGCAACUACAACUACUGCAAUAGAUACAUCUGCUACGCAAGGAAGACAAGCUUCUUUCCAGCUCUUUGAUUUCACAAAUAGAAACAAAGAAGACGUGCAUCUCGUCAAAUUUACAUCUGUUGAGGGUAAGAGACUCUUUCGUAACGCCAUGGUUCAAGGACAUGCUGAAAGCUUCUUCAAGUUGAUGGGUAACUUCUCUACACAAUCGUCUCCAUCUCAUGGCGGAGUCAGCUCUUUGGCCAUGGUACUAAAUGCUCUUGAGAUUGAUCCUAAAAGAACAUGGAAGGGAAACUGGCGCUGGUUCUCAUCUGAGCAAAUGAAAACGUGUUCACCUGCAGAGUCUAUUCAAGAACAUGGCAUCCCCUUUGAUGAAUUCACAUGUCUCGCUCAAACCCAUUGCAAAGUUCAACCUCGUCGUGGUGUAAGCUAUAGCCAAUUCCUCUCAGAUCUUGAGACUGUAACAUCGGACACUACAAGCCAAAUGGUGGUCAAUUAUUCCAGAGCUUGUCUUGGCCAGCAAGACCACUUUGCUCAUUUUAGUCCCAUUGGUGGUUACAACAAGGCUGAAGGCCAAAUUUUGAUCAUGGACGUUGCUCGUGGUAAAUAUCCUAGCGUGUGGGUGCAUACAAAAGAUCUCUUCAGAGCUAUGAUGGCUAGCAGCAAAGAAGAAGGUGGUCGUAGUCGAGGCUAUUUUGUCCUGAGCAACUAUGAUCAAGCCAAACAACAAUCGCCUGAUAUUCUCUUGACCUCGGCGAUUAGUUCCUCAAAGCUUAAAUGCCAGGAUUGUUCCCGCAAAUGUCAUUCCUCUUAA